AUGGAGAGAAGUGGCGGUGGCGAGAGUGAUGCUGUCCUCGGCUAUGAAAGAAGACGGCUGGAGCAAUCAGUUUCCAUUGCCAUGCCGCCCCCAAUUGACAUUGCCCAAGUCAGGAAACGUAAAGGAACUGCUCCUGGCUCGCCUGACAACAGAGCAGGAACUCCACUUCUCGACGACGAGAGUAAAGAAUCUGACAUUGCAAAGAAAUUCUUCAACGCCCCGGAGGUGGCUCGACGAAGGGAACAUGCAAAGAGACUCGCACUACCAUGGAAGGUCGCUACGUUCGUACUGACUUUACUUGCUUUCGCUACGCGAGUUUGGAGGAUAUCUGAACCUGCUCAAGUCGUGUUUGAUGAAGUCCAUUUCGGCAAAUUCGCAUCCUAUUACUUGCGAAGGCAAUACUUCUUUGAUGUCCAUCCUCCGUUGGGCAAACUCUUGUUGGCCCUCACUGGUUUCUUUGUCGGUUAUGAUGGUCAUUAUCUCUUUGAAAACAUUGGAGAGGAUUAUGUAGCAAAUAAUGUCCCUUAUGUCGCAUUACGCCUGUUUCCCGCUUCUUGUGGAGCUCUAUGUAUACCCAUGUCGUUUCUGAUUCUCAAGGAAAUGCAUGUCUCCUUGCCAGCUGCCCUGUUUGCUGGUCUGAUGCUCGUCUUUGACAACACUCUCAUUACACAAUCUCGACUGAUUCUGCUGGAUAGUAUGCUGUUAUUAUCAUGUGUGAUGUGUUGCUACACCUGGGUCCGUUUCUUCAAAGAACGACACAAUGCAUGGUCUAGGAACUGGUGGUUUUGGUUAUCAAUGACUGGAGUGGCACUAGCUGCAGCAUUGGGAAUCAAGCUUGUUGGAUUAUUUGUGGUGGCAGUUGUAGGUAUCGCCACGUUGAUUGACUUGUGGCGGUUGUUGGACUUUCAACGAGCCCUUCCUCUGCGUGAAUUCUUCCGACAUUUUGCAGCACGGGCUUUGUGUCUGAUCGUUCUGCCCAUUAUAAUCUACUUGUCCUUCUUUUGGAUUCACUUUGCCAUCCUUGUCAAAAGUGGUCCUGGAGAUGCCUUCCAUACUACUCGAUUCCAACAAGACUUGCGUGGGAGUGAGGUCACCACCAGUAGUUUCAAUGUUCCAUAUGGAUCCAAUGUAACCUUCUACCAUAAAGAGACUGGAUGUUUUCUUCAUUCUCAUGCAGAACACUAUCCACUACGAUAUGAGGAUGGCCGGAUUAGUUCUCAAGGUCAGCAAGUAACAGGUUAUCCACAUCGAGACACCAACAACAUAUGGCAUAUGCUACCAAUUGAUGCAGAGCAAUCAAAUGGUAAAGUUCCUGUUAUAAACAAUGAUGAUGAAGGGAAACCAAUCCGAUAUGUACGAAACGGAGAUCUAGUACAGCUAUUACACGUCUUGACCGAUACCCUAUUGAUUACCCACGACGUUGCAUCACCAUUAACACCCACACAUAUGGAAAUGACCACCAUGCCUCUUGACGAACUAAAAGAUAGAUUUAAUGAAACGCUUUGGAAGGUGGAAUUUAUUGAAACGGCCUUACCGAUUGGAGCCAAGUUGAAAAGUAGGAAUCGGCUCUUUAGGCUCGUGAAUCACGAACAUAAAGUUGCUAUCCACACUUAUAAGAGCAAAUUGCCUGACUGGGCGUUUAAUCAGCAAGAAGUGAAUGGUAACAAGAAUUUGCCUGAAAAGGAAAACAUUUGGUAUGUCGAGGAAGUAGUUCAUGAAACAAUCAUAAAUGGAACGGAAAUGCCUGAUGAAGUCGAAACCAAGUUCCCCGUUGACGAAGCACCACGCAUGUCAUUCUUGGAAAAGGUCUUUGAGUUACAAUCUCUCAUGAUUCAACAUAAUGCUGGAUUGACUGGCUCACAUCCAUACUCGUCAACUCCCAUAACAUGGCCAUUCGUAUUACGUGGUAUAUCCUUUUGGGAGAACAAGGAAGGAUGGCGACAAAUAUAUCUACUAGGCAAUCCAUUUGUAUGGUGGACAACUGUGAUUGGUGUAUUAAUGUAUGCCGCCAUGUAUACCCUAGAUCGAAUCUUGCUACGACGUGGACUAGAUGAUUUAGGAGUUGGAAUUAGAAGAUGGUGGGAUCGAGCUGGAGGGUUUAUGUGGAUUGCAUGGAUUUGUCAUUGGGCGCCCUUCUUUUUGAUGGGUCGCCAACUAUUCUUGCAUCAUUAUUUACCAGCCUUGCUAUUCUCUGUAUUGAAUACCGCCAUCGUCUUUGACUUUAUUGGUCGAGUGACACAUGAAGGUACUAUAUUGACUGUAGCGGAAACCCACCAUGGACAAGUCAUACCUGGCGGUGUUGGCGGUGGAUGGGGUCCAUAUAAUAGUUGGACCAUGAGAGUGCCCAUAGCUCAAUGGUUGACAGGAUCUGGUGGACCUGUGUAUUGGGGAUUCUUGACUAUCUUGACAGUCCUAUAUAUUGGUGGGUUUUAUUACUUUUCGCCAUUGACGUACGGAACAGGGUUCCCGUCUGUAGAAGUCUUGAGAACUCGUAAAUGGAUGAGUUCAUGGGAUUUGCAAUGUAGGUUUAGUGCUUCAUUGAUUGCUAUGAUAUUUCUGUACUGA